CGCCUGGCCCUCUCUGGACCUUUGGCCGCACAGUACAGUACCAUGGACUCUCUCACACAGUUUAUGUUUGACCCCUUAUUCAGCAUCAAAUCAAUAUUUGUUGAAUCUAAUUUACAUCAAGGACAAUUUGACAAAGCAAACGAUUGAUAGUUGAUUAACUGUCAUCAUGACUAGCAGGACAUAAAGGUAAAAUAAAUCUAUAUUUCGGUACCGUUUUUAUUAUUCGACUGGUAUGCGAAGAGUAAAGUGACAUCGAUCGGCGGACAUGCAUUCAUUUGUGGGAGAGCGUCGGGCUGCAGGUACAGGUUCAACCAGAAAGGCAGAAACUCGCAUUCUUUGACGUUGAGAUCAUGAAUUGGCAGUGGUGCUAACAACAACAGUAGAGGAUUUUCGUCCCCUGGAGGCUUGCUCCAGACAUUAUAGCGAGUAUCGUACGCUCUUCUGUUGCCGGUAAUCAUUAACCUUGCCUUGACAAGACAUUUUGAUGAUAUCAUAUAGAGAGAGAGGAGUCAGUAGCUGGGAAAUGAGACCAUGAUGAAGAUCGGUGCACUUAUCAAUAUUAUGGAGUCGUUAUUGCUACUUGUUUUCUAUGUGCUUCUAGUUAAUCUGACACCUGUCGUCUCGCAAGGGCAAGAGUGUUGUAACAUCCGAUUGUCAGGUGGCAUGUUUGAUGCUGAAGGGAGAGUAGAGAUCUUCUACUCCAAUGCCUGGGGUACAGUAUGUGAUGAUGACUUUGGUAUCCCGGACGCCAACGUGGUGUGUCGGCAGUUGGGCUAUGUGGGAGCCAUAGAAGUCUUGCCAGAAGCUUACUUUGGAGCCGGGACAGGGUCUAUCUGGCUUGACGGAGUGGGUUGUAGUGGCAACGAGGAGAGUUUGGUAUCGUGUCCGAAUAACGGAUGGAGGGAGCAUGACUGCAGCCACAGUGAAGAUGUUGGUGUCUCCUGCUAUUCAAGUGACCAGUAUAAGGUUCGAUUAGUCGGUGGCGAGACCGACUAUGAGGGUCGGGUCGAGAUCAAUUAUAAAGGAGCCUGGGGAUCGAUUUGUGAUGAUUCUUGGGAUAUCAGUGAAGCUACAGUGGUCUGUAAGCAGCUAGGAUACACGGGGGCGCUCCAGGCAGUGGGGGAUGCUGUCUUCGGGACAGGGGAUGGUGUUAUCAUGCUGGAUGAUGUGAAUUGUGUAGGGAAUGAAGGUACGCUGGAUAUGUGCUUGCAUCGUGAAUGGACAGAACAUGACUGCACUGGGGUGGAGGUCGCUGGUGUCCGCUGUGAUAUUGAAGAUCACAUAGUCCGACUCGUCGAUGGUGGAGCCCCGAAUCAGGGUCGCGUGGAGGUCAUCUUCAACGGAACAUGGGCCACCAUCUGUAACGAGCAGUGGGACAUCCAGGAUGCUAAUGUGAUCUGCCGCCAGCUUGGGUACAUUGGAGCGUCUGAGGCUGCCAUGGAAGGAGAAUUCAGCCCGGGAUCCGGUAGCAUAGCUCUGAGUGAAGUGCGUUGUGAAGGAUGGGAGCAAGAGAUCAAUGACUGCUACCAUGGCCUGUGGGGUACAUCCGGAGCCACCUGUUCACAUGAAAUGGAUGCUGGGGUCAAGUGUGCUAAUCAAACAGAAUUUAAUAUUCGUCUUGUUGGAGGAGAUGUAGAAUCAACAGGACGAGUAGAGGUGUUUUAUGAUGGAGUUUGGGGUACAGUCUGUGAUGAUCUGUGGGAUUUGGCAGAUGCAAGGGUUGUUUGUCGACAGCUUGGUUACCGAGAUGCCUUGGAAGCAACGGUCUCGGCUGCUCAUGGUAUAGGUGAUGGUCACAUCGUUCUUGAUAACGUCCAGUGCAUGGGAACGGAAGUAAAUCUAACUGAUUGUCUUCAUGAUGGGUUCUUGAUACAUAACUGCCAACCAAACGAAGAUGCCGGAGUGGUGUGCCAAACGGCAGAUAAUUCAUACACUAUACGUCUCGUGGGUGGCAAUGUAGCUUCUGAAGGUCGUGUGGAGGUCGUCUACAACGAUGAAUGGGGAACGAUAUGCGACGAUGACUGGGACAUUGAUGAUGCUAGAGUGAUCUGUAGACAGCUGGGUUAUACCAACGCAGAGAAGGCAACGAGUGGCGCCAGCUUUGGAGAAGGGACAGGGGUCAUCUGGCUUGAUGAUGUGAUGUGUGACGGAUCGGAGGAUUUGAUCUUCACAUGUCCUAGCAGCGAGUGGGGUGACCAUAACUGCGAACAUGCAGAAGAUGCAGGGGUUAUCUGCACUGAUGAUGGUUCUUCCCAGAUCCGUCUUGUCGACGGCAGCGAUUCACGUGGUGGUCGUCUGGAGAUCUACUUUGAGGGCACAUGGGGGACUGUCUGUGAUGAUAACUGGGAUGAUGUUGACGCUGAAGUGGCAUGCCAGGAACUUGGUUUUCCAGGAGUUGAGAAGUCCAAGGCUAGUUAUCCUGUAGGUGAAGGAAAGAUCUGGUUAGAUGAUGUCAACUGCGAUGGUAGCGAGAGUUCUAUCAGAUACUGCAAACAUAAUGGCUGGGGAGAACAUAACUGCGCCCACCAGGAGGACGUAGGGAUAGUCUGCAGAAGGCUCGGCACUGAGAGCGGCUUGUCUCGAGGUGCUAUAGUUGCCAUAGCAACAGGAUGUGUUGCAGUGGCCGUUCUCCUCAUGGUGGCAAUAACGUUGUGCUACAGCAGGACACGUAAGUCAGAGACGAGAGAGCCACGGUCUACACGAUCACGAGUUAGCUCACCAUCCACCAGCUCAAGGCCACCGCAGGUGUAUUCCAUUAAUCAGAAUGUGUUCUACAACAGCUACGGUCAAACCAUGCAUAUCAACUCACCUCCACCACGACUUGCCUCGCCAGGACCAUCCAAUGAAUAUCCUCAAGCUCCUUUUCCUUUGCCUGCAGAACCACCACCUCAGUAUGAGAUGAUCUCAAGUUACACUCCUCAAUCUGUCUUCCAUGGUAAUGUGGCAAGGGAACCCGUACCAAUUAAUCUAAACCAAGCCUUGCCCCCGAUUGCAGGAGCUGGAGCUGAUGGUGCGGUAGCAGGACCAUCAACGUCCUCAUCAGAGGUUGCGCACACCCCUGGCCCUUCCGCAGCCACACCCUUCCCUGCUGGCCAUCAGCAAGCGGAAGGGUAUCUCCCUUCCCCUGUUCCAGACCUGGUGUCUUCCGGGUUUAGACUGCCAUCUGAACCUCCAAGUUAUUCUGCUGCUUCCCAGAGCAGCAGCGACCUUCCGUCAAGGGGGCCUGCUCCACAGUAUUCAAGGAGGAAUGAUGCUCCACAGUAUUCCAGAGAGAAUGAUGCUCCACGAUAUUCAAGAGAUAAUAACACCACAUCUCCUCAGCGGACAUACAGUUCUAGAAACAAUCACGGUGCUGUAGGGCGGGAUCCUCAAAGUGGUGAUAAUUUUUAUUCAAAUGCAGCUUUUAGUGGAGAUGUAGCUGAUGAUGGUGAAACUAUGGAGAUAUGAGGAAGGAAUCUGAAAACAAUGUUGAUCUGCUUAAAUGUACAAUAUUUUUAAUAAAGUGCACCCAACCCAUGUUUAUAUACUAUGCAUAACUAUUAUUUAUUUGCAUUGCACUUUGUACCUUGUCUUCCAUUUUCAACAUGUUAUUGUUGAAGUUUAGUUUUGCACGUGUAUUUCGGCAGCCUUUCAUAUUUAUUAAUCUUAGUUUAUGAAUUAUGAUCUUUCAAAAAUCAAGGUAUACUCUAGGUACAUGUAUUACCUAAGUGUAUUUACCUCUGAUGUAUGAAUAGUUGCUUGCUUUGCAAAUUGAAUAUGAAGCAAUACUUUCUGAGAGAAGAAAAAGUUUUUUUUACACUUCAAUGUUGUUCAUCUUGAGGUUAACAUAUUCUGAAAUAUUAUAUUACCUCUAUGGACACUUUCAAAUGCCAAAGAUAAUGGAUGGUAUAUUGAUUGCCAUGAUGUAGUUAAACUUGGGAUAACUUGACCACAGCUUUAUGAAAUGCCAGUUGUCAACUCAUUCCCAAAUUCCUGCUGCAAAAAGUUGUCAAAAAAUUAAACGAGUCCCAAAAUGGGAAGAAUAGUAAAAUUCAAAAUUAUAAUCAAUUUUGAUGAAUAAAUUAAUACAUUUAAUGUCAUGAAUAUGAAAGAAAUGUGAAGCCGGCAUUCUAUAGAGGUGUGGUUUAAAAUUCUAGUUUAAACUAGGGUUAAACCUUGGUUUAAUUAUAUCAGAUUUCCACCCAGUGAGUUCUUUUGGGUUCAUGUUAAUUAUGUGUUGCUAUUAAAGUAGAUCAUAAUUGAAUGAUUGGUUGUGUGUGACCAAGCAUUCAUUUUGCCUAACUCAUAAUUGACUAUUAAAUGAGCGAUGAGCAGUUAUAAGGCAAGUAUAUAUGAUCAGUCAUGGUUUUGAGUUGGGAAUGGGAAUAUCAAGAAAGAUUGGAUCCACAUCACUAUUCUAUACAGUGCGUCCCACAAAAAACGAAACCGAGAUUUAUCGAUGAUUUAUCAUAACUUAAUCACAAAUACAA